GUAUCCAAACACUGUCACGCGGUAAAGGCGACAUGAGAGAUCUCACUUCCCUUCUUCACUCACUCUGCAACGUCGAGAUCAAGUAAAAGAUUUUCGCGAAGGUUUAAAAUUCUCCGGAUAUAAGGAUGGCGGCAGCAUCACCAUUGUACACUCAACUCAAGGCUGCUGAACCAUUCUUUUUGUUGGCUGGUCCAAAUGUGAUCGAAUCCGAGGAGCAUAUUCUUCGAAUGGCAAAGCACAUUAAAGACAUUGCCACAAAAGUUGGGUUGCCUCUUGUUUUCAAGUCAAGUUUUGACAAAGCUAACAGAACUUCUUCAAAGUCAUUUCGAGGUCCUGGCAUGGCGGAGGGUCUGAAGAUUCUUGAGAAGGUGAAAGUAGCAUAUGACCUACCAAUAGUAACUGAUGUUCACGAAUCAAGCCAGUGUGAAGCAGUUGGCAAGGUUGCAGAUAUAAUUCAGAUUCCAGCAUUUUUAUGUCGUCAGACAGAUCUUCUGGUUGCAGCAGCACAAACCGGAAAAAUUAUCAAUAUUAAGAAAGGACAAUUCUGUGCUCCUUCUGUCAUGGAAAAUUCAGCUGAGAAGAUCAGACUGGCUGGGAAUCCAAAUGUGAUGGUUUGUGAAAGAGGAACCAUGUUUGGAUACAAUGAUUUGAUAGUAGAUCCACGUAACUUUGAGUGGAUGAGGGAAGCUAAUUGUCCUGUUGUCGCUGAUAUAACCCAUUCACUACAACAACCUGCAGGCAAGAAGUUGGAUGGUGGUGGCGUUGCUAGUGGAGGCCUUCGCGAGUUAAUACCAUGCAUUGCAAGAACAGCUGUAGCAGUUGGUGUAGAUGGAAUUUUCAUGGAGGUUCAUGAUGAUCCUCUAAGUGCUCCAGUUGAUGGUCCAACUCAAUGGCCUUUGCGUCAUCUAGAAGAACUCCUGGAAGAGCUCAUCGUGAUUGCUAGGGUUACAAAAGGGAAACAGCGAUUCCAAAUCGAUCUCACGCCCUACAGUGAUUAAGAUCAAAGUCAUAGUAAUUCUGAGGUGAGUAACUGAAAUGGGCAUUUAUGAUGAAAUCCCACAGAGUGUUUUUUAUGAUCUUCUCACUAUCAGUGGAGACUAGUUGCGAAAAAAGUGUGAAAUUUUACAGAACAAGCAUGUUAACACAUUAUCUGUCAUCACCAUUUUUCUUUCUUAAGCAAGAGCAAAACAGAGAUUGUUUCUUAAGAAGUGACAAACUUGUAUUUUUCUUAAUCAUUUGCGUGAAA